GUGUAGAGGGAUAUUCAAUAUUCAAUAUUCAAUAGAUUUUGUGAGAGCGCAAGCAGAAACGAAUAAGUUGUGAAAUAUUACUAGAAAAUGGAAGCAGAACUUCCAAGUUGCUCCAAUGUUUCCACCACGCAAAUGGCGAGUUCAAAAAUUGAAGCAGAAGAACAGAAGGGCCAUCAGGCGGGGCAUCUCGAUGCGAUUCCCACUGAUUCCAUGGGCGAUAAUCGGCGCUUCCUUAAAAUGCCUAAAACAAAGUUGGAUUCCGAAGAUGUGCAAAUUUUGGUGCUUAUUUUGGACAUCGAUUUUGGGCAGGGCUACAUACAGCCGGGGAAAAUAGACAUGGUCUUCAAUAUGGAGGAAGCUGCCAUGGUGCUGGCCAAUGGCCAUCUGCUGGACCGUCCACGCAACGAAGUGGGGGUCAUUGCGUGCUCCCGGAACAUGGUCAUGCUGGCACAUUCGAUUGAUAUACCAUUGACCUCUUACGACUAUCAACUCGACACGAUCAUGACCAUGGAGUACAAUGUGUUGAAGAAGGUCAAGGAGGAGUUGAUGCGCGACUUCUCCAAUAUCGAUGCCGACCAGGUGAUUGUGGACAACAAGAAGCCCUCGCUGCUAGCCGAGGCCCUGGAACUGGCUCUUUGCUACAUUCAGAAGCGUCGUCGCCAGAUACCGGACAUAUAUCCGCGACGUCGCGUCCAGGCACAGAUUGUCAUGGUCACUGGCUCCGUUCUGCAGCAGGAGGUGCACAAGCGCUACGACAACCUCAUCCAGGAGGCGCUGGAGACCAAUGUGACCAUCAAUGUGUGUGGCAUCAAGGUGCCCAAGCAGCAGCCACUGCAACGUGCCACCGAGGUCACCGAUGGCCUCUACCUCUGCGUCGACGAUACACUCACUCUGGUGGGAAGCCUGGUCGACCAUUACCUGUACCCCACGUUCCUGGUCAAGGCGGUUAAGCCACACAUUAUGACGCCCGCCCGCUGUGCCUGUCACGGCUUUGCCAAUAAGAUUGGCUUCAUCUGCACCAAGUGCAAGUUGGUGCUCUGCAAAUACUCACCCUACUGCGAUGACUGUUGCGAGACCCAAGAGCCCUUGAACGAAGGCGCUAUCAAGUGCAAGAACCACAAUCCGAAAGGCAUUUUUUUUCCGAUCGAAAGGAAUAUUGCUCAACGCAUGCAAUGGAAUGACUCGGAGUUACACAUCGCUCUUCGCAUCCCCUCGAUUGUGCGCAUCGCCCAUGCCUUAAAUCUCGACAUCAAUCUGCCCACGUGUGGAUGUUUCUGAGAGUCCACAGACUGUACACCCAAUACACCUGUACACCUACUACACCCUUACACUUCUGGUACACCACUGUCACGCUGUUAGGGGACUGGUAAACCACACUUACACCACUGUUACACAUCUGUUACACCACAGCAACACCACAGGUACACCCCUGUUACGCCAUGUGUGUGCUUUGUGCGUGGGAUCUUGUGACAACACCUACAAGUUCAUACAAGUUCAGCGCUCAAAAGGUGUCAUUCGUAGCUUUAAAAACACAACUUAGAGCAUAGACUGAAACCAAAGCAUGGUCACAUAACUCGAUUGUAUCGAUCGAUACAAAUACACGAAACACAAAAACAUUUCGUUCCAAUCGAGUUAUGAGCAUAGCUAAGCACAGCGUUAAAAAGGUCAAUCAUCCACAUCUUGGCACCUUUUUAACGCUGUAGUACCAAACACUUUCAUCUUCAGAGAGUCUCUCUGCAUAUUAUUACAUACAGAUUCGAGGUCUCGGAUGCACGUUAACAGCGCUAAAAGGUUAAUGCGCUACCAUUGAACCUUUUAGCGCUGCAUAAAGAAACACUUCAGGAUAUUGGCGAACCCCUUUGCUGCCCUGAGAAAACACAUUACAGAUUCUAAUUCGAAUUCGAAUUCAUAUUCUAUUUUGGGACAUCA